AAGACCAGAAAUUCUGCUUUUUUUAUCGUGCAGACAAAAUCACCGACGUCACAAGCGAGCCCUCCAUUAUUCAGCUCCAGGAUAAAACAUCCAUAUUUACUGAUGAAGUUCCUGUUUCGUUUUUUCUCUCUCUCUUUUAUUAGGAGUGACGGUAAACGACGAGAUGUUCCAUUUCCUUUCUCCCAAUGGCCAGAUGAGCUGAGAAAGCGUGUCAUCCUCAUAGUGUCAGCGUGCGGUUGAAUAAGAAGGUGGCGCAUCGACGACUCGGAAAGGAACUUCAUGUCAUGCAUGAACAUUUUCUGUCGUCUGAUUUUUAAGUACAUUUCACCAAUGGAGGAGGCGUACAGGGAUUUGUACAUGGAGUUUCUUCGUUUGCGAUCGUUGUGCUUAAAGCAGGCGGCCCUCCUCAGUAGACUAAUGGAGAUGCUGAAACAGCAACAAGCUGUGUCCCACAUACCUAAUGCGGGUGAAGAGGUGAAAGUGUCUCGGCCUGUCCAGUGCAUGGAGGAAGAGCACGAGUAUGUGGGAACCAGGGCGUCACCUGUCACUCCCCAGCACCCAGCUGACCUGCUCUUAACCAGUCCUGUGGCAGGAAGUUGCAGUGGUGCUUCAUACCCCCUUGCCGAGGGUUUGAACAGACUGCAUCUGCAAGCUGCUGAGUCACUUAACAUCAGACCAGUGGAGGUUCACAAAAUACCUACCCUGGGUCCCUUGGGGGCUGCCGGAGGCAACAUAGCACCUACUACCGUUCUGGCUGACCUUAUGCGAGAGGAGCAGCGCCUGAGAGAGACCCCUAACAAGUCUGGUGCCUUGGCCAACUACGCAGGGGAACAGGAGCAAAAGCCUCCCACCCAGAGGCGCUGGAUGAACAGCUCCUUCCUGAACAGUGAAAUGUUGAGCCAGGCUGGUGGUCUCCUGAUGUCUGAGGUGGCUCUGCAGUCGCAGGUGUGCGAGUUCUGCCGGGCCGUCUUCCCCGGGAACACUACCACCAUAGGAGAAUUUCUGCGGCACCUCAAUACUCAUGUCACCUGACCCAUCGUGGGAAGGCAAGGCGAAACUGCCACGAGACAGAGUUCCCCGUUUGUCGCGUGUGUGCGUGCGUGCGGGUGUGCGUGUGCUAAACUUCCUUGUGUGUUCCAAACCCUUUCUGAAAAGAAGAUAACUGCUCGUGGUUAUAGGAUGCUAGAUACGUUCAUGUUGAAAGUGUACAUUUAUGAGUCACUUUGUGAUGCAACAACUGUUAGAAGUAAAAAAAAAAAAGGAUUUAAACUUAAAUGAAUUCCCUAUACUUUUGCUUUAAAAAAUCUUUAAUAAUUAUUGAGAGGACCAAAUCUGUAUAACAUUCCAGGUGUAAUUUUUAAUUCUAUAUAUUUUUUUACCAAGUAAAAUUACCAAGUCUUUAUGCAUAUCCACAUGACACCACUAACAGAGGUACAUGGCAUGUGUGUGCAAUGAGGCGUCCCUCACCGAUUGGCUCCCAGGGCUCUUUUACAGACUCAUUAUGACUCUUGGUUGGAUAACAACUUGUGCUCCUUUAGCAACCCUAUAUGUUUUCUGUAUCCAUCAAUUGAAAACGGUACCGCAAUCAGAGUAAAUGAAUCCAAAAUCCACCCAAUGAGGCAUUUUAUAUCCAUCCAUCGUCCAGUAGAGGGUCACUGGGAGCCUGGAGUCUGUACGGGGCAUGAGGCGGGGGGGGUGGGGGGGGGCAUCCUGGGAGGGAUGCCAGUCAAUUACAGGAAACCCUCUCGCAGAGCUGGGGGCGGGAAUUGAACCCACAGUGCUGCACAUGUAAGACCACAGUGUGAGCAACACCAGGCUUGUUUUAAGGAGCAAGUAAACCAUACACAGCACUGUGAGAGAGGCAGUCUAAGAAAACGAUGUUUAAAUUAUCUUCCUGUGGGGGUACAACUAUGAUUUUGUGUUUGUCAAAGUGUUUUAGCUUUGCCAUUUGAAAACCUCUCCUAGGGUCACCCCAGCAUUUGCAGGAACUAGCAAAUAGACCUGGCUGUUUUUUCACCAGUAGCAUGCCAUAUCUUUUUGAGGUAUUUAACUGCUUUAACUAAUUAAUUAAUUGAGCUGAUGGUGACAUUUAACUAAUAUAUAGAAUGGCUGGGGGUGGCACAGCAGUUAGUAAUGUCGCCUCACACCUCUGGGACCUGGGUUCAGGUCUCUACCAGGGUUCCAUGUGGAGUUUGCAUGUUCUUCCCGCGUAAUUGUGGGGUUUCUUACGGGUACUCAGUCUCCUCCCCCCCCCCCC